CGGGACCUCUGGGAAAUUAGGGUUUUCCUAGUUUCCUUAUUUAAACGGAAAUCGACAGUGCGAAUUUCGGUUCCCACAGACACUGUCUUCCUUGAGAUCAUUUGGCCACACUCCCCACCAUAGCUGUGAUUGGCUUUCAAUGGGAAUAAUCGGUGUAACUAGAAGCUGCGAGACGAGAAAUCCAAAAAUAAGAAAGUGUUUUGUAGAGGAAACUGUUGAGAAUUAAUAGAAACUAUUGACUUACAUCAGGAGAAAAUUCGACAUGGUGGAUGUCAACGGAAUUGAUGAGGGGGUUAUAUGGUAGAUGACCAUCUUCUAGGUCCAUAAGUGUCAGUUGGUCAAAUGAAGCUGAGAUAUAAGACAACAGCUCUGGUAUGGCUGGGAAUGCCACAAAUUGUAGUGAGAGUAGGAAUCCUUGAACACUGAAACUGUCCUGCCUGAGCUUACAAAUCAGUGUAGCAACUGGAUCCUCACAUUUAUUUUUUACAAACUUUGGUGGUUUCAUGCAGGAAAUGGUUUUUAGGAAUAACUCUCUACCCCAAGGAAAAGCAAAGAAAGUUGAGAGGUGUUCAACCAUCCUAACAUAUUGAAGAGUAGGGUGUGCUUCUUGUUUGUGAGCAAUGAUAACACCGUCGACAAUGAUUAUCAAAGCAAGUCGUAUCUUCCUCCACCCAGUCAUGUUCUGUUCUAUCUCGAGCAUGUGACAUAGUUCAGCAACUGUUAUAGUUUUUUUCUUGCCAAUAAUUCUCUUUCAUACUCUGUCUUUGUCAUUCGCAACUGAUUUAGUAUUGUCGGGGUGAUACCCUUCAGGGAAGGAGCCACAAUGUAGACCGGUGACGGUACCAAAUUCUUCAAGACCAUAACGAAGAGGAUCCCCACCAAAAACAGACCAGAGAGGAAAUAAUGAAUCAGUUUACAAGAAACUUGGUAAUGAUGGGAAGGGAGGUCGAAAACCUUUCUGAAAGGAGACUAACGAAUGGUUUCAAACUCUGAGGUAUCUCGGAGAACAUGGCGAAUGAAGGAUAGAAUCUCAGGUGAAAAGUAGAUGUUAAGACGCUUGGUGGGGAAUCUAUCAGUUGCAAAUAAUAUGGACGGGAGACGAACGUCCGGUUGAAGUGUUCCUAUAUAUAGAAUGUAGGCAGGUUAAUAAUCAAAUGUAAAAUUGAGAUCUAAAAAACCCUAAUUUUGCAAAGAUUCAGAAGAGAACGAAAUGGAAGAAAGACACUAAAAGAAAUAUUGGCAUUAGUAGUGAAUACAAAUGUGCUACCAUAUCGUUUUCGUAGCGUUUCGAAGAAUGCCGUGACAGCCGCAGCUACAAUAGACCUCCCUCCUAUCAUAGUGUUUUCCCAUGUGUUAUGUUAAAUAGACAUAUUAUAGCGUUAAUUGUCAGCUAUAUAAUAGUUUUAUUUAACAUUUGAUUCGUGCUAUGAUAUAAUUUUUCACUGCUUAUUUUUUGUGUUAUAAAAUAUUUUAUAAUGACAUAAAUAUAAGAGAAAUACCCAAGGAUAGCACUAAAAAAAUUUUGGUCACAAAUAUAGAAACAUUUUUGUCACUUUCCUCUUUGUGGUCUGCUUUUGUGACCAAAACUUGAAAAUUAUCUAUUUAUGAGAAUUGCCCUAAAUAUAAUGCUAUAAUUAAAAAUUAAAUAAUGAAAAAUUAAAUAAAUUAAUUGAUUAAAAUUAAUUGAUUAAAGUUAAUUAAUUAAUUUUUAGAAAUAAAUCAAAAAUGAAUUUAAUAAAAAAAAUUAAAUUUUAUUUAUUAAUUAUAAUUUGUUUACAAAUAAAAUAAGUUUACACGUUAAACCAAAACAACAUUAAACAAAAUUUGUUUAAUUGUAAACCAAGAAAAUUAAACCUAAAAAAUCUCUAACUCUUGCCCCUCAGCCUCCUUUGCCGUAGAGCUCCACCUCCGCCUCGUCUGUUUGCUCCGGAUCCUCCACCAUCGAUGCUUCAAAAACGCUGUCAGCUACGCCAUCUGCUAUCCUCUUCCACCAUCCACCAUCACGAACUCCUCCACCAAUUAUCCUUCCCGUGUCAUCGUCGUCUUCCGCCUACAGAAUCCGGCACAGAUCCGACUCCACUCCCUCUUCGACUCAAGCAAGACAUCUCCUUUGAAUGGCAUCGAGACAAAGACAGGGACUUUCUAUCAGAAUACCACCUUCGCACCACGCUUGACCGGAGACGCCGCUAUGUCACACCACUGCUUCUCCUUCCCUGCUCCUUAAUAAAUUUGUAAACAAAACAAAAAUUAAUCACACAUUUAUAAGAAGAUGAUGAGAACAAGAGAGCAGAUAAGAGGAAGGGGAAGUGCGUUGACCUGUGUGGUGGUGAGGAGUUGAAUAUACUCGAUAACAACAAUGGUGGUGGUACAAUAAACCCUGAGUUGAUCUUUUGAAAAUAAUCCCUCCCUCAAGGAAGAUUAUCAUCGACAACAACCUGAUGAUUCAAGAGAUCUCGAAAACAAAAUAGAAUGAAGAGUAUUCGAUUCCUCGCAAUAAAGGAGGAAGAGGAUUCAAUUUCUCAAACAAAGAUGGAGAGUAAAGAUUAAAUGUUAUGAAAAAUUGAGAGAGAAUUAAAAGAGAAGAAGAAUUUUAAGAGAAGGAGAAAUGAUUUUUUGGUAGAUCUAGAAAAAAAAAGGAAAAGAUUCGCAGAGAACAGUGGGAAUAACAUAGAAUCGCCACGGACAAGGUCUGUAGAACUCUUACUUGCUGCGUAAUCGACUAAAGUCGCCGCUUUUUAGAAUAGGGCUUGUAGGGAUGAAAUGUAUGUUUAAAAUUUAUUUUUACAAGAAUAGAUUUGAUACAUCAAAAAGAUGGGACAUUAGAAUAUAAAGUUGUUUUUUAAUUUUUUUGGUUGUAACUUUAAAACCCAGUAUAAAGCAUGAUUGAUGAUUUAAAAGCGGUAGAUUAAAAAUUAAAACUAAAAUCAGCUUCUACAGUCCAACCAAUCAUCCUUGAUGUAUCCAAAAUCUAUACUAUUAUUUGAGAAGUGAUUUUGCUUACUUGUCAUCUUUUCUAUGAUUUUAGGUAAUUUUGAUUAUUUGUCAUUGUUUAUUGUUUAUUUGUCUUAUUUUCCAUAAUUUUAAGAAAUUUACUUAUUUUUUAUGUUUUAAUAAUUUUAAUUUUGUUUAUUUGUCAUAUUCUCCACAAUUUAAAUAAUUUAUUUAUUUUUCAUAAUCUUAAUAAUUUCAAUUGGUAAUUUUAUUUAUUUGUAAUAAAUAAUUUUAGGUGAUAAUUUUAGUUUUGUUUACUUAUUGUGUUCUCUAUGAUUUUAGGAUAUAUUGCUUAUAUUUUAUGCUUUAUUAUUUUAAAGCAUUAUUUUUUAUAUUUCAUGAUUUAGGUUGAGUCAUUAUUUUUAAUAAAUAAUUUUUAAAUUGUUAGUAUUAAAAAUGUUUUAGUAAUUGUUUAAUAAAUAUUCACAUUAUAUUUAGGGAUAAUUAUUAUUAACUAAUAUUAGUAAAUUUUAGCAAUAAUUUUGUAGUUUUUCAUCUUGUGUUCACUUUAGUUAUAUAAAAUUGUUUAAUGUUUGUAUUAAUUAUUUUUAAAGGAUGUUUGCUACUAUUUUAUAUCAUCAUCAUCUUACCAAUCAAAAAUAUGAGUACAAAAAAACACAAUCUUUAGCCGUUAAUUUUUUUUAUUUUUAAAAAAAGUUUUUAUUAAACAUAUAUAAUUAUGAAUUUUAGUUUAUAAAAUUUUAGUUAAAUAGAAAUAUGUUGUUAACUGGUGUCACUACGAACUCCGAUAAAAAGAAAUUCAUAUAAAAUGUAAUUAGAUUUUUGAUGAAGAAAGGAUUGAUUUCAUAGGUUUUGUAGAUUUAUCUUUUAUGUUAUUUUACAAUAUUAAUAAAAAUUUAUUAUAAUAUUAUGAUGAUGAUAGUUUUACAUUUGUGGUUUGGUGAUAGUAUCAUUGUAGAUUUUGUUAAUAGGUGUCACUAUAAACUCUAAUAAAAGGAAAUUCAUAUAAAUGCAAUUAGAUUUUUGAUGAAGAAGGGAUUGAUUUCAUAGUUUGAAGAUUUAUCUUUUAUGUUAUUUACGGUAUUAAUAAAAUUUUAUUAUAUUAUUAUGAUGAUGAUUCUUUUACAUGUGUGGUUUGGUGAUAGAAUAAAUGAACAAUUUUGUAAGUAUCAAACAAUUAUCUAUGCUAAGUUGUAAUAAAUAAAGUAAAUUAUAUAUUCUGCUUAAUUUAAUAUUUGAAAUUAAUUAAAUAAAUUAGAUUAAAAUUUAAAAUUAGAUUAAAAUUUAAAAUUAUGUUAAAAUUUAAAUUACUUGGAUAUAUAUCUAGUUCUCUAUUAAAAAAAUAUUUUGGUUAAAACAUAAUUGGUAGAUAUAUUGGAUAUUUAAUAUUAUUUGUAAUCCCCUACUAUACUAAAAGAUAAAAAUUUAUAAUAAAUAUGUUCACGCUAAUUGACACGUAGCAGCCUCACAGUCAUUUAAAAAUUAGAAUCAUGACGUGACAGUCUUACAAUUAUUUAAAAAUUUAUGUGUUCAUACACUAAUUUUUUUAACUCUAGCGCAUACCAUUUAAUGUGUUCAUACACUAAUUUUUUAAUUAACUAAUUUUCAGUUUCUGCAUUUUUAACAUUUGUAUUAGUAAAUUGAAGUUUUCCCCGUGCAACUACUAAAUAAUAUCAUUGUUGAAAGAAAGAAAUUACAAAAUCAUUAAGAUUCACAUCAAUUACAAUGUUGGAAUAAAAAUGUUUCUAGAAAUUGAAAAUUUUGCACCUUGCAAAAUUUGGCCAUGGUUGAGGCUUCGGUAUACGAAAGCAAAAAAUAAUUGUGAUUGGUUAUGAAUUGAAAAAAACUGAGAAAAACACGACACACAAAGUCGGAUCUUUAGUUUAGCCAAGUAAUGCUUUUUACUGAGUUUUCAUAUCAAACUAAAAAUUAAAAAUAAUCAUAUUGGUAGGAAAAAAAUUAGAAAUCAAAAAGCUUUAAAAGAAAAGAAGAUCAUUCGCGAAAUCAAUUGAAAAAACAUAAUUCAAAUUAAAUGCCAAUUAAAGAGAUCAUAUUAUUUUUGAUGCAACCCUAGCUCCUUCCGUUCAAUUAUAUCUUGAUUUUAAUAUAUUUACCAAGAAUUGUUUUAUAAAAAAGUACAGGCUAUUGGUUGUAGAAUAUGUCAAUUUUACAACAUGUCCAGCAAUAUUGACACGACGGACGCCCAACAAUAUUAUAUAUUCAGAACUAUGAAAUUAUCUAAAAAUUAUCAAAGUAGUCACAAAUAAAUAUCUAGCAAUAACAAAAAGAAUGUUCAAAAUACUGAAAAUAUCUAUUUGUUCUCCAUCCAAAAUUUAAGUUGAUUUAAUUUUAUGUAAAUUUAAGUAUUUAAUCUUACAUUAUUUAAAUAUUUAUGCUUUAUAUUAUUUUUAUUUUUCAGAUUUUGAGGAAAUGAAUCCAAAAGGAUUUGUGAAUGUUCAUUCCUAAAAAACACUAUACAACAAAUCUCUUAGAACAAUGUAAAACAAAUAAUAUAAUCAAUUAUUUCACUCCACGCACCACACGAAUCCCUAGUAUAUAAUAUUUCUUAAAAAUAAUAUAUUUUUAUAGUCCAAGUAUAGUUAUAAAUAUUGAGUAGCAACUAUUUGCUUGACUUAGCAUUUAAGUAUAUGUUUCUUAUCAUGAAUUGCAGCAAAACAUUAAGCAAAUUUGUCUUUUUCCUUUGAACUUUUAUUAUUUUAAUAAUAUUUGUUUUGAAUUCAAUGCUAAGUGUCAACUUAACUCCAAAAGAAUCAUGUCAGAAUGGAGUGGAAAUUACGUGUAAUAGUCAAAACAUCAAAUAAAACAGUAACAAAACCAACUCAGAAAAUGUUUACUUGCAAUUUAUUUGUAACCGCUACUUAAAACUACCACAAAGCAUAAAAUCUAUGGUUAGAUAAGAUAACUAAAUAAUUGCAUUCAUUGGCUCAAAAUAACAUUUUACUUAAAUGCCACUUUCAUACGUGUGUAAAACGAGUAGAGUGUCCUUAUAUCUACCAGUCAGUUUCACAUUCUUCUCCAUCACAAACCAGUCAUGUCAUCUCCAACACUAGACCAACUACACACUUACCAUGCCCAAGAAAGGGUGAUAUUCUCUAAACUGGUCCUACAAUUUUCAAGAUCACCAUCUGAAUCACUCCUUGUCAUGGCUACAUGGUUUUGGCUUGAAAACUUUGGUUUUGAAGACAUUUUUGCAACCAUAUUUGCUCUUCCAGAUCGACUCAUUGCAUCUUUUGCUAACGAAGCUGUCUCCUGCUUCCGAUGCAUCGAGUACUCUGAUCCCCCAAAUGGCUUCGACCAAAUCCCUCUCACUUCACAAUAUUUGCAAAAUCACAUCUCACUUUCCAUGAUUUACAAACAUCGAUACACCGCCAUUGCUGGUAUCAAAACCUUUCUAAACACCAUUUGUUCUAGAAUCUUUUCAGACAUCCUUGCACAAGUUCUUCCAUAUUCUUCACCACCAUAUUUCGUCCCCGGAUUCCACCCAUCUCUGAUCAUACCUGGCUUCCCGCAUCCAACUUUCGGAAACAUCAAUGUCAUGCGACCUAAUCUAGUUGAUGGCGUUAACACCUUCAACAACAACAACUCAUUCCUCUUCCCAAAGGGUCUUUGGGAGUGGAACGAUCACUCCAUGGAAAGUGAGAAUGAUCGAACCAUGUUUAUAACGUUUUCUCGUGGCUUUCAUGUGUCGCAGGCCGAAGUUAAGGAGCUUUUCACCAACAUAUUUGGAGAAAAGUGUGUGGUAGGUGUUUACAUGCGAGAAGACUGCGUAAGUUCACCUAACAUAGUUGCGUGUAACAAUGAUCAGCAACAAUCACUAUUUGCUAAGUUGGUUUUGGACUCGGUGGUUACGGUGGAUCGUAUACUAGAAGGUGAGAAGCUCCAAAAGUUUCGGAUCAAUGGUAAACACAUAUGGGCUCGUAAAUACAACGAGAAGAAGGACAGGCGUACUUGAUUCACCUAAAAGUCGAAAGAAAAUCUAAUUUUCCUUUUGUUCAUCUUUAUCUUUAUGUUAUAAUUUAAUAAUAAGAAAACAUAUGUAAUGCCUUACGCCUAGCUAUUUAAUUUUGGACUUUUUCAAUAUGAAUGGAAUAUGUUUUCACAUAAUUUAGCGUUGAAUGUCACUGCAAAUUUAAUUUAAAACAAGUGUAAUGCAACACUAUAUUGUGCAUGAACACAUCCUCUUUUUUUAUCGAGCUUAUGCUGAUUCACAUUUGAUUAGGUAAUUAGUCAGAAUUUUAUCUAGUUCAGUUGAAUUGAAGAAAUAAUUUCUCGAGAAACACAACACUAUCAAAAUAAAAACAUUUUCGAAAAAUACACUAUCAAAUUAAUUUUCAAGAUAUUUUUCUUCCAAGCUUAUUAAAAAAUAUAAAAUUGUAUAUUACAUAUAGUAUAUUUUUUCCAUUUUUACAUGAAUAAAAUUAAAAUACAUAAUAAAAUGUUACGGAAAUAAUUAAAAUAUAUGAUAAAAUAUUAACUUGAACAUGAAUGGGCAGAUAUCUACUAAAUUCAAAUUUCUUACUCAUAUUUUAUGCAUGCACUAGCUUUGAUCCUUUUUAAAUACAAAUAUUAAAAUAUAAAAUAAAUGACACGUCGUAAUAUUAUUGGUAAAAGUUGCAAAAUUAUCGGUUAUAACUGGUAAAUUAAUAUUUAAACUAUUGAAAUAAAAAUAAAUGUAUUAACAGGAAUGGAUUAUAAAAAAUGGAAUUGUUUCAUUCCAUUUAUUCAUGAAGAAAUUUGUUAUGGAAUAAUUUUCUUUGUAUUUAUUUAUGGAAUUGACGAAAUGACUGUUCUAUUUUAUUCAUAGUAAACAAUAAAAUUAGAAUUAAUAGAAUUGAUCAUUUCAUAUGAUUUUAAUUUAAAAAAAUACAAAUAUUUGAACUAGUCGAAUAAAAUAAAUGGAUUAACAGAAAUAGAAUAUCAAAUUAGAAUCGAUCCAUUCCGUUUAUUCAUGAACAAAUUUGUUAUGUACUAGUUUUCUUUGUAUUUAUCUAUGGAAUUGACGAAAUGACUAGUCUAUUUCAUUCAUGGUAAACGAUAAAAGUGGAAUUAAUAGAAUCAAUCAUUUUAUAUCAUUUGAAUUUAAAAAAUAAAAAUAUUUGAACUAGUGGAAUGAAAUAAAUGGAUUAACAGAAAUGGAAUAUAAAAAUGGAAUCGAUUCGUUCCAUUUAUUAUGGACAAUUUUUUUAUGUAAUAGUUUUCUUUGUAUUUAUCUAUUUAAUUAUGGAAUUGAUGAAAUGGAUAUAAUAUUUCAUUCAUGGUAAACGAUAGAAACAAUUUGUGGAAUUAAUAGAAUCAAUCAUUUCAUAUCAUUUUAAUUUAAAAUGCAAAUAUUUGAACUAGUGGAACAAAAUAAAUGGAUUGACAGAAAUAGAAUAUAAAAAUGGAAUCGAUCCAUUCCAUUUACUCAUGAACAAAUUUGUUAUGUAUUAGUUUUCUUUGUAUUUAUCUAUUAAUUUACGGAAUUGGUGAAAUGACUAUUUUUUUAAUGGCUAUUUUUUUCAUUCAUGGUAAACGAUAGAAAAAAAUUGUGAAAUUAAUAGAAUAAUUCCAUAUCACUUUAAUUCAAAAAGUACAAUUCAGUUGCAGCCAUCAUCUUCCACCAUUUGGUUUAGUAGUAGUAGUAAAUUUAGUAUGGACUGUGCGCAACACAAUCCAUGGAUAAAAAAAUACAAAGAGACAAAAGUUUAAUGUUAUAGUUAGAGCAAAAAAAAGUCAAGAUUAUCUAGGAAUAGGUUUAAAAUUAAAGAUUUUAAAUAUAUUUGCGGUCAAACCCGGAUCUAUUGCUUGGAAGCCAAUUAUCUUAACCGUUGGACUACAGACGAUUAAUAUUAUCAGAAUACAUAUUUAUUUCAUACUUCCAUACAGAGUUUAUGGAAAAGGGGCCUAUUUCAACAUGAACUUUACCCGUCGUGCAUAUUUCUUCCCGAAAUUUGUAGUAGUGCGUAUUCCAUACUGAACUAAACAAAAAAUUAAAUAUACUACAUGAAAAUUAAUGCAUCGUGCCUUUUCAUUACCCAACUUUUAGUAGUGCAUAUUCCAUACCAAACUAAAUAAAAAUUCAAAAAUACUACAUGAACUCUUAAAAUCGUGCUUCUAUAUAUAUUGAUCGUCAAAGGUGUUAGUCAUCCGUUAAUUUAUCAAAACGACAUUAUUUUGGAUGAAUUCUGUAAAAUUAAAAAUUAAAAAUACUACAUAAACUCUCAAAAUCGUGCUUAUAUAUAUAUUUACCAUCAAAGGUGUUAGUGAUCCAUUAAUUUAUCAAAAUGCAUUAUCUUGGAUAAAUUCUGUUAAGUUAAAAUUUAAUUUUUUGGAGAUUCAAACUCUCACACUGGUGGACAAGCAUAAAGUAAAUAUUUGAAUUAAUAAUAAAUAAUUUAAACUUAUAAGAUAAUAAUUUGUAAAGGUAAAUUUAAAAACAUUAGUAAUUAUAGAUUUACUUGAUAAAACUAAAACAAUAAAAAUUUGAUAACAUAUAUUUGAUUAAAUAAAUAUAUAUAUAUAUAUAUAUGUUAAUGUUUACACAAUUAAUACAAGAAAGUUAUUUUGGUUUAUAGAUGUUAUCCAAAAUGACGUUGUUUUGAUAAAUUAACAGAUGACUAACACCUUUGACGGUCAAUAUAUAUAGAAGCACGAUUUUAAGAGUUCAUGCUGUAUUUUUGAAUUUUUGUUUAGUUUAGUAUAGAAUAUGCACUACUAAAAGUCCGGGAAUGAAAAGGCACGAUGAGAUUCAAGAUCAGCUAUUUACCAAUGACGCAAAAUGAGAAUGCAGAUUCGUUAGCUAGGAAUACCGGAUCUAAAUGUUUAAAAAAUAAUUAAAUUAUAACUAGUUAAUAAACAGUUUCCACUUGCUGAUAAAUUUUUAAUCAUUUUGAUUAUAUGUAUAAAAAUUAAGUAGAAUAUUUUAUUUAAAUAAAUUUAUGUUUUUAUCUUAACUAAAUAUGUAGUGUCAUUACUAUUAAGUUGUUCUAUUUUACAAUUGAAUCACAAUUUAGAUGGUCUUCAAUAUAUUAAAAUAAAGCUAUUAAUUAUAUUUAGUUCGAUUAUUCUUAUUCACUUGUAGAUAUAUUUUAAAUAUACAGAAACAAUAUUAUUUUCAAAAAAAAAUCAGUCACUUAUUUGAGUAAUAAUAAGUGAUUUAUUUUUUCUUAUAAAAUUUAGAUGGUUUAUAAUUUAUAUAUGAAAAUCAAAUAGAUUUUUAAAUUAUAUUGUUAACUUAAUUUGACAUAUAAUUUUAGUUAUAAUAAUUUAUACCAAUUUUAUUAAUUAUUUUAAAACAGAUUGAUUGCUACAAAUCCUUUGCAGCGAAAGUGAGUGCUCUACUAUAUCUCUGUCUAACGAAAGCAAUUCAAAACUAUUCAAACGGCAUAAGUAAUCUAAGCGACCAAAAACAUUGCCGAACAACACAAUCACUUUUAUUGAAACCAAAAUCAUAAAUAAUCCAUCAAAAUGGAUCAUCGCAUAACUGUUUCAUCAAAUUGAGCAUUAGAAAAGUAAUGUUAAUACGAGAUUCCUUAAUAUGAUGAAAUCAAAAGUAUGAUUGUGAAUCCACAUAAAAAACAUCGAUACAAGAAACCUUUGACAAUGAAACUGAGACGGCGGGGCAGCAUCCGAGCUGAGAGAGACAAACAUACAUGCUGACGGCGGGGAUAGGCGAUGUUGUAAAUGAUGACGGCCGAUAGGAGAGACGCCAAAGAUGAGAGAGGCCGUCGCGAUUGUGAUUUCAAUUUUCAAAUAUAUCUAUUUUAUAUACGGUAAUUAGGAGAAAAAAGGGUAAAAUGGUAAUUAGUCAUAUUGAAUGAAAUCUAGUUUGGUGAUUUUGGGACUUGAGUGCUAUGUUGGGAAUGAAAAUUUGAGGUAAUUUCUCUUCUAUUUUAGCAUCUAUUAAAAGUAAUUAGUUUUGUGAUUAUUUAUUAAAAUUAUAUUAUAUAAGUAAAAUUAUUUUUAUAGAUGUUUUUAUCUUUGUUAUAAUUAUAUGAGAUUUAUAAUCAGAUAAACAAUUAUGCAAAAAAUGUAUAAACCAUCUAAAUAAUACUAAUAUUAAACUAUUUUAGUUAAUUAAAGAUACAUAUAUAUAUAAAUAUAUAUAUCAGUUAUGUUAUUUAAUUAUUUUAUAUAAUCAUCUAAGAAAAUAAACAGAUAUAAAUAAAAUAUUUCUACUACUUUACAAUAUAUUUUAUGUUGGUUAAAUGGUUUUUAAAGAGACAAAUAAAUUCCUUUCUUAAUAAUCAAGAAUAUUUUGUGAAUUGUUUUAGUGAAAUCACAUUAUAUAUAAAUAUAGUUUUGUUUGAUCUAAAAAUAUAGAUAAGUAUAAGAAAUUAUUAGUUUUGACUUUGGAUAUAUAUUUUUAUUGGUUAAAUUAUGUUUUAAAGGGAAUACUGUAUAUUUUCUUGAUAUUAAGAUUAUUUUGUGAACUUUCCUUCUUUAUGAAGUCACAUUAUAUAUAAAUAUAUUUUUGUCGAAUUUAUAAAUGUUUCCUUUUUAUUUUAUAUAUUUAUUGUAAAAUAAAAAGAAAAUAAAUCAAAAUAUAAUAUAAUUAAAAAUUUACCAAAUAAAAAAAUUAGUAAUAGUAUUUAGAAGUAAUAUUUUAAAUUCAUUAAAAUAUCUCUAUAAUUAACCCUCGUGAAAAUUAACACGAGUACAACACAUAGAAAACUGAAUUUUUAAAUAAUAUUAUAGAGAUUCCAUUUUAUAUUUACCACUUACAUCCUAAUUUUUCCUUUAAACGAUAAUCGCUAUCUUUGGUUAGAUUAAUAAAAUAUUUUGAAGUGUUAGUUGCACGCUACAACAUACAUGAUUGGUAAAGUUUAGUGAUUUAAAAAGAAAUAAAACUAAAGUAUAGAGAUAAAGCCCAACCAAUCACCUCCAUAAUUUACAACUGCUUCUUUGUCAAUUCUCAUUAUAGCAGUUGGUCACUAACAUUUUAUUUUUGUAAUUCACGGUCACUGACAUUUAUGUUACAAAUUAAGAAUAACAUUCUAUCACAAAUUCAUCACACCAGGGUAAACGUAGUCACAAUUAUCCACAGUUACUAAUUAUUAUAUACAAAAUAAACAAUAUAAUAAUAGGUUUUUACUUAUAUAAAAUAUAUAUAUAUAUAUAUAUAUAUAAAUUAUUAAUUUAUAAUUUUAAUAAGACUAUAUAUUUACAUAGAAUUUUCUUUAAAAAAUAUUAUCUUAUUAUUUUAUCGAUUUGUGUCAAAUUUUGAACCACCCCAAAUUAGAACCGACAAAAUUUAUUAAUUUUUAAUGAUUAUUAAUUUACCGAAUAUUAAUUUAAAAAGGUCCUACUGUGUAUAGCCUUCUUCUCCAUCCUACGGUGAGCAUUGAUUUGGAUCUUAAAACUCAUACUUCUUGCUUUCUUUUUCUUUUUACUCCUUUGCUAGAUUUAAUGGUAGUAAUAAUUGCAGGUACUAUGUUGCCAUCGUACGACCUAGAGACAAGCUAUUGAUAGAUAUCUGCAUAUCCAAAGUGAAUGCAUCUGAGACGGUCAAAGAAAACUCAUGAGGCCUUCUCGUUGUCCGUCAGUUCAUACUCUUAAAAGAUGAAAAAGAUAAGAAGAUAAAAAGAUAAAGCGACAGAAUUUGCAGUCAGUCCGUGUAUUGAUUGAGGUUGAUGGUCAAUUCUUAUAACAAUAUUUACAUUCAUAGAGCUCCAUGCAUAAGUAGACUGGUACAGAAAUUAAAAUGGUACUUGUUGAUCAUGUUUGGGAAGUUCGGCAAAGAGCAACACAAAUAUAUGACCACGUCAUCCUCAUGCUCUCUCGUCUCGUGGACAGUCCCGGUAUUUUGGUAUACAAAUUUCAGAUGUUUUUGAUAUUGGACCGAAUCAGAACCGGUUAUUUUUGUUCGGUUCAGGUUCAAAAUUGAUUUACACAAAAAGUAAUUAAUUUAUUCUUGUGUUAAAUUAAAAAAAAAUUACCAAUUGUUACUUUGUUUUGUAAUAAUCUAACUAAAUCCAUAUGCAAAAAUAAAUAAUUCACGCGGAAAAAACCAUUAAUAAAAACAUCUUGUAAAAAGCAUCAAUAAAAACAUCAAAAAUCGGCUCAGUUUGAUAAAUAAUUUUGGAAACAAAAGAUACCAAGCCUUUCUCUUGUUUUGGUUUCCUUUUAAAAGUUAAGCUUUAUAAUAUAAAUUCAGUUUUAAUACCUAUCAAACCUAAAUGUUUUUUAGUGUAUCAAAAGACUUUGUAAUCGUUAUACAAAAUGUCGAAAAACAUUUAGUCAUUGUGGAAGCAGAAAAGGUUUAAAUCUCGAAAAAAUGUUUGUUGACAAGUUUGUGGAGAUAUGGUUAUGUUACGAUUAGACAUGUUGAAAUUGUUUGUGGAUAUGAAGUGGAGAAUGUAUCAUAUUCAUAUCUUUUGGUCACACGUCAAUAGUUUUCUCAAUAAUCUUAAAAAAAAAAAAAAACGGUUGGAGAUAAAAGGAACCUUUGAAGACAAAAAAAUCUCACAAAAAGAAAGAAAAUAAAAACUCAGAGGGGCUCGGCGGUCGGCCGGCGCGUGAGCGUCCGUGCCGCCGCCGGAGCUCGUGUUUCUUUCAGAUAAAAUAAUCAGGUUCCGGCCUUCUCACCGUCUCCGCCGGUUUCCGCCUGUCCGAGCUCUGGUCCGCCACCAACCAUUUCGGUUCUGGCCCUGGAGUAACGACGCGGUGGCUGAAAGGAUGACGCGGUGAAGACCUUAGUGUUUUGAAUAAUAUCUCCGGGAGGUGGAGGCUAUCUCAGAUCCGUUGCCGCCGGUCUUUUGUCUCCGUGGCGGGGAAGCUUCUUCAGUUCCGCCGUCAUCGGAUCUAGUCUCCGGGGGGUGAAGGCUUCUUCAGCCUUGCGUUGCCGGCUUGUGGCCCCUAAUCUUUAGGGUUUAGUUUAUAUCUAUUUUUUCUUUGGUCUGGUUUUAGUUCUGGUUGUUUCUGUUGAUAGUGUGUUCGUCGGAGGAGAUGGAAGAGCUCCGGCGGAAAGAGUGAAGAUGCAUGCGAUUCCUCUCGCGGGUCUCUGCGAUUAAUGACGAUGGAUGAGCUUUCGCUACGGCGAUUGAGGCUCUCCUGUUUGAGUGGCCCAAAGUUGUUUGAAGGUAAAGAGGAACGGAGCGAUGGAGCUCCGGUUUGGCCGUGUGAUCCGAAGGUUGGAUCUCUGGCGUCGAAGAGACGCGGUGGUAUUGCGCUGACCUAGUGACACGUGUUCCCUCGAGGAUGAGGAUGGCAACACGUGUACAAGCUACCAAAAGUGAGAUUAGAGAGGCGGCCAAUUUCAUUUCUGCUUGGUCUCUAGGGUUUUCUCGAUUUGGGCCGCAGGUUUUAGCCCAUUUGAGAAAAUGGGGUGCCCUAAUAAGUUGUUGGGCUUUUGCUAAUAUAUUGUACUGGUCUUGGCCCGCUUCUUUCAAAUAUUAAAAACCUUUGACGGAAAAAAAAAGAUAAAAGGAACAUUCUCUCUCUUCGUAUCUACUUCACCUUCUCUCUAAAAGGAACUAUGAUUUUAUAUUUUGACUAUAGAAAUAUUGUUAUGAUUUUUUUUGCUUUGGCUAAAUUUGAACUGUAAAUAUUUGUCUUUGCAGAACAAUUAUAAAGACAUGAUUUUUAUAAAAGUGUCUGUGAACUUUUUAAAAAAUACAAAUCAAGAUUGGUGUAGAUUUAGAGAUGUAGAUAUAAUUGUGGUUGUGGAGAAAAUCACACAUUUAGUUACGGAUCUCUAAUGGUUUAAAUAAUAAGUAUGUUUAAAAAUCCUAGGAUAUGAGUUAAAAGAAAGAAAAUUAAUUACCAUUAUCCUUUUGGCUUAUUGGUGAAAUAGCCAAUUUUGGAGACAAAAUUAAGAACAUAAUAUAUGAUUUAACAUUAUUAGAUCUCAUACCAUUUUGUUCCUUUUCUUCUAGUUCUCUCCUUUCUUUAAGCCUUUGCCGGUAAUAACAUCCAAAAAGCAUCUGUCAUUUAAAUAAAAAAUAAAUAAAAAUGUUAUUAGAGUAGUGGUGGUUAUAGCAUCCACCUUGAUUAUGGUGAUAGUAUAUAUAAAUAGAAUAGACAAUGCUAAAUGGCAUAGUUUAUGUUAACGAAAUUAUAAAAUGGUUUAAAUAUAUUAAUAUACUAUACAUAUCCAAAAUUAAUAAAAUUAAACUCAACUUCAACCCAAAUUUUUCAAAAACUAAAUCCAAAACACUAAUCACUAAACUGUACAAGAAAAUAUAAACUCUAACCCAAAUAUCAAAAUAUGCACAUAGUAUAUAAUAUUAAGUAGUUUCAAAAUAGAAUAGUAACAAACGAAAUAGCAUAGUACAUAUUAUUUAAAUUUUUUAAAUAUUUAUGAUCGCAGGGAGUGAGGUAGUGCUUACCCCAACAUCAACCCAAACCUACAACAAACUAAACCUACAACACUAAUCACUAAACCCUAAAAAAAAAUAUAAACCCUAACCCAGAUAUCAAAAUGUGAAGAUCCAAAUAAAAUAGUAACAACGAAAUAACAUAGUACAUAUUGUUCAACUAGAAUAGUACAACCGACAACUUACAGUAUAUGCGAGUGGUGGUGGUUACGGCAGAAGAUGUGGAGACUGGUAUCAAGAAGAUUGUGGCUGUUCUGAAGGAUCUAAUGGCAAAACUAUAAAAUCUAAAAAUUACAGAUCUGGUUAAUAACUAAAAGAAAU